CGCAAUGCAUUAUUGAUAAUAAUAAUUACGUUGACAUGCGCAUUUCUACUUGAGGGGGCCCUAAUUUUCCUCCACAAAGCCGAGGAAGAAUUUGUUGAAGAAGGAUAGAAACACAGAGAGAGAGAGAGAAAUAGAGAGAGAGGGGAAAAAUUGUUUGCAACUCUCUUUCUUUCUUUUUUUGUUGUUGUUGUUGCUGCUCCUGAUGGUUGCACCAUGUCGAGGCGUAAGCAAGCCAAGCCGCAGCACAUCAACUCCGACGAGCCUGGUUCGUUAGGAAACGGGAGUCUUCAAGAUGAGCACGGUGAAGAGACUGGAAAUGAAAUGAAGCGGUUCAGGAUGGACGAGACCAGGGUCUGCAACAAAUGCUGUGCCGAAUUCUUUGACGAGGCAGAGUUUCUUGAACACGAGAAAAAUUGCACUAAAAGUCAGCAAGUGGUCAUCAUGAAAGACGGAGACGGGAAUGAAAUGCCCGAGGAAUAUUCACAUGGCUCUCCCGAAGGCCUCACAAGCGACCAUGACGAUAGCCAGUCCAGCAGUCACUCCCUAUCAAAUGUCAACUCAGACCACCUGGACCGAGCGGAGGAAGAGUCCAGCAUGAACGCGGAGGACUCGGGACAACAGGAUCAGGCGGAGAUGCCCGCUUCCCCUGAGAUGACUUACCAUCCCUUAUCCAAACUGCAAGAUUCAAAUCAAGUCACUCUUGAAACCAUGGCAGACACUAAAGUAGCCGUCUCCCAACAUUCUUCAAAUAAUACAUCUCUGACCUCGUCGCAGGAAACCAUGCAGGCCAUCCCGAUGAUCCUGGAACAGUUGGUGUGCCUCCAGCAACAGCAGCUCCAACAAAUCCAGCUCACAGAACAGAUUCGAAUCCAAGUAGCCAUGAUGACUCCACAGGGUCUUCAGUCAUCUGUAGGGGCGGUGAUGGACCCUCUGAAAGCCCUCGGUGCACAUCUCUCCCAACAGCUGUCUGCUGCAGCAGCACUGAUAGGAAAAAGGACCGGUAGUCAGAGCCUCUCUAUGGAGUCGAUGAAGCAAGGUAAACUACCUCUCUCCGGCAUCCCUACCUCUCUACCUGCAGGACUUGGUUCAGUGACUUCUAAAACAGACAUUUUGAAGGGCAUUCCAGAUCUGGCUAGCCGCUUACCAGCACUACUGCCACAGUCGCCAGGGGUCAUGGGUUUCCCUAGCACCUUCAACGGCAUCCAAGCAGGGAUUGAGUCCUCCAAAAAAGUCAAGACGAAGAUGCUGAACCUCCCACCGGAACCAAAGAACGGCGACUCGUUAUACAAGCACAAGUGUAAGUACUGCGGGAAGACGUUUGGCAACGACAGCGCUCUCCAGAUUCACUUGCGUUCUCACACCGGCGAGAGGCCCUUCAAGUGUAACAUUUGUGGCAACCGCUUCACAACCAAAGGGAACCUCAAAGUGCAUUUCCAGAGGCAUAAAGACAAGUAUCCUAACAUCGGCAUGAACCCACAUCCUGUGCCAGAGCACCUUGACAACAUUCCCACAAGCAGUGGCAUUCCCUUUGGUAUGUCCGUGCCCAUGGACGAGUCAAACCUGACUGAAAUUAAGCCUGUGAUAGGCCAUCCUGCUGCUGGGUUCCACUCGUCAUCCAUGCCAGGGAUGAAGACAUUUGACAGCUUUGCAGAGAACCCAUUUACCCAGAGACCCUCCCCAUCGACAAGUGAUGGCUCCCCAUCUGUUUCCUCUAACGUGUUUGGCCAAGAGACUGGACUGGAUCAAAAUCCGAAGGAUGCUAAAGACCUGCUUGGAGCACUGCAUCAUAUGAACGGUAGUGCCCUCCCAGGAGAACAAAGCUCUGGUACUGCAAAACUUCAGCAGAUGGUGGAUGGCCUUGAAAAGAGAACCAGUGACCCCAACGAGUGUGUGAUCUGCCACAGGGUGCUCAGUUGCCAGAGCUCACUCAAAAUGCAUUACCGCACACACACAGGCGAGAGGCCCUACAAGUGCAAAAUCUGCGGCCGUGCGUUCUCCACCAAGGGUAACCUGAAGGCCCAUUAUGGAGUGCACAGGGCUAACACUCCUCUCAAAAUGCAGCACUCGUGUCCGAUCUGCCAGAAGAAGUUCACCAACGCUGUGGUUCUGCAGCAGCACAUUCGUAUGCACAUGGGUGGGCAGAUCCCCAACACCCCGAUGCCAGAAAACCAGUUUGAAGCAGCAGAUGCAAUGGAGUCCUCUCUACCAGAGGAUACAUCUAUGGAUGCCAACGGUUUCGAGGCCAGCAUGGAGGAUCACAAGCCAGAGCUGAACUCCCACAAGCCAAACGACACCCCAGAUUCCCUCCCACCUGCCUCAGAGGAACAACCACAGCAACACGUAGCCCCGUCUGUGUUUUCCAGCCUAGAUGUUCUGAAGAAUCUCACCUCUGCUCUUGCACUGAAACGACAGAGCAGCACCACUUCGGAAAGCGAGGGAACAUCCAAAGAAUCCCCGUCAGCCCCCAGAGAGCAGGAAUAUCAGAACGGCCGUAGUCCUGCUAUCUCUGACUCCGCCAUGUCGUUUCAUUCCUCUUCCCCAAUUAACAACAUGAAUAGUUGCAAGUCCCCUGAGUCUGCUGUUGAUGAAUACGCCCACAAUGGGUCAAAAGCAGAAUCUGAUUGUGGCGCUCAAGGAGGUACAGAAUCGGGUGGAGCCCUUGACCUCACCGCUUCCAGCAGCUUCACCCCCAAAGCAAUUAAAGAGGAACCCAGCACUCCAUUCACAAACGGAGACUAUGUUCCCAGCAACAUGUCUUUCAUGAGGAUACCAUCAAGUCUGGCCAGUCUGGAAAUGAAGAUCCCUUCAGAGAAUCCUCUGGGGCCUCACGGUUUGUUCAGCUCGCAUAUGCCCCAGGGAACGGCCAUGCCCUCCAUCUCCACAGCUCCGCGACGAUCAACCAAACAGCACGUGUGUAACGCCUGCGGCAAGAACUUCUCAUCUGCGAGCGCCUUGCAGAUCCACGAGCGCACUCACACAGGAGAGAAGCCUUUCGCCUGCAACAUCUGCGGCAGGGCUUUCACCACCAAGGGAAAUCUAAAGGUGCACAUCGGCACUCACAUGUGGAACAACACGUCACGGCGUGGCCAGCGCCUGUCUCUGGAUAAUCCCAUGGCGCUGAUGGCGAUGAGCUCCGAGGCCAAGAUGUUGCCAGAAAUUAUGCAGGCCCCCAAAGAACUAGGUGCUCCACAAAUGAACUUCGACUCGUCUCUGUGGAACCAGUACGCUGCUGCCUUCAGUGGUGGCCUCACCAUGAAGACCAAUGAAAUAUCCGUCAUCCAGGGCGGUGGCAUCCCACUCCCUGGGAGCCCUGCCGGUGGGCCCCUGAUUGGAUCCACCGGAGGCCUCAUGAAGAUGGAUGGCUCUCACUCCGGCCUGCCCGCCACCAUGGCUGAAAUUGAGAAGAACAGCUCUGACAGUGUGCCAAAAUCACAGUUCCCACAUUUCAUGGAGGAGGGUAAAAUUGCUGUUAAUUAGGCUUUUUGUUUUUUGUUGUUUUUUUAGCCGUCAGUUAGUUCAUGGCCUGAACUCCCUUUUUGAAUGAGGUACAAUCAUUAUCCAGAGCAAACUUUGUAGAAUUUGGCUUAGAUUGUUUGAACUUUUCCAGUAACUUCAUCGCAGCUCUCUUCCCUCCUGAUCUGAACGACUCAAGUGUUAUUUUUUUUUUUUAGUUGAACUUGAUAUAACUACUGUAGUUGUAUUUUAUUUGAUAUAAAUAUAUGCGGGUAUUUUUUUUUUUCUUUCUCUUGUGCGUUCUUUUUUUGUUUUGCUGUCUAUUCAGAAGUUUGAAUGUAUAACUUUACUUGAAACUGCUUUAAUUCAGACUGUCUCCUUGAUACUUUUUGAAGGAUUUCGACUUUAAUAGGAAAAGUUUCAGGGCAUGACUUUUUAAGGACACCGUGUCUCAGCGUUCUGAAAUAAUGGUGUAGUUAACCAUAUGUAUCUAUAAUGACUACUUUCCCUCCUAUUGUGUGCCAUAGGUUUUAUGACAUUGUGCAUUUUUGUCGUGGUAAAUGUCAUUAGCAUGUCUAAUUUUGAAGGGGCUCAGAUUAUUCCGGUGUCUAUCACAUCUUCAUGGUGCAGUUCGGUCAUCGCUUUUCGGAAAAUGUAGAUUAUAAAAUAGGCUUUCGUCUUUGUUGCGUCGGUGCUAAGAUACAGCAGUUAUUGACUCAAACUAAGUGCCUAACCCAAGUUGUACAUGUUGCUGUUGUCUUUCACUGCAGCGUCUGAUUAUGAAGGCUCUGUUGGACUGAUAAAUUAGUGUGUUGUACUGUGUAGCAUUACAUGCAUUUCAUAUCUCCAUCAGUCAACCCCCCCCCCAACCCCGCCCAACAUGUUCCACUUGUAAAUCUGCUGUCAAAUUUAGUUGGCUGAGGUCUGAAGGCUUUUAUAUGCUUAAUGUUCUCAUGCCUGCACUUUAUUUCAGGUUGUAGUCCCAAUUUACAUUUUAGUUGCAUUUCACUGCUUUUAUUGUGGUAGCUGACCAGGGAAAGGGCAAAUCAACAAUUUUGUUAACUUUUCCACUCCCAGAUUUAGUUUGAAACUGUCUAACUUUUCUUUUUUUUUUCCUAGGUUAUCUUAUCACCUUGUAGCAUUGUUAAUUUAUUUAUACUUCAUGAAAUGCUUGAGUUUAGGGGGUACGUUCUACCUCG